ACAACAUAUACGACAAUUGGUUAUGGUAAUAUAACAGCAAAGAGCCGAUUAGGUCAACUGGCUGCAAUGCUUUAUGCGGUGAUUGGCAUACCAUUAGUGCUGAUGAUAUUGCAUAAACUUGGUCGACAGUUUUUGAUCGCAUUAGAAUAUUUUUGGAAUUGGAUGGUGAGAGCAAUGGAAUUCGUGUCUUGCGUUAAGGAUGCGGGUCGUCUUAAAAGACAUGUUGAAUCGGAUAGUAUUCGAGAAGCAAAUAUGCCAGUUCUUCUUGCUGUAUGUUCAUUUUGCAAACGUCUCAACUUUUAUUUCACUCCGUUUUAG